AUGGCGAUGUUAAACAGCUUGCCUUCGAGCUCCAGCUCGGAAUCUUCCUCAAGCUCUGAUGAAUCGGAACGGGAAGAAAGGAGCAAAUGUGAGAACUUUUGUGAAGUCAUUGAAGGUUACAACGAAAAUGAAUUCGAAGCCCACAUGAGACUACGGCGUUCAACUGUAGAGUUUUUAAUCGAGAAAUAUGCAAGCAGUGCCGAGCCUAGAAUGAACUAUGGUGGAAGAGAAAGUGUUCCACCAAAGGAAAAGUUGUUUAUUUAUAUAUGGUAUAUAAGCAAUACCAACGAAAUGUCGGAAUACAAUUUGCAAGAUGAACCUAUUGAAGACAAUUACCAUGCAAAUGGGAAUAGACGAGAUUUAUUGUUCGAAUAUUUGCAGGAGCAUAAUUUGAUUUAA